AAAAAACAAAAAUCUCAGCCAUGGCGAUUGCUUCAACAUCCACUCUUAUCUUCUCCUGCACCAAACCCGAUCUCCGGCCAAUUCCCUCCCACAUUCGCUCAUCUUCUCCGUCUCCAUCUCCUCUUACAAGUCAAUUCCGUAUCCGUACCUUAACCCAUGACCCGGUUUGUCUCACCGGUCUUAUCGGAACCGGUUUGGUGGCUGCAACGUUCAUGGCGGGAGGACCAGAUAGUACUGCUAUGGCUGCGGUUGAUUCUCUCCAGCUAACCGAACCUGCUAACGCAUUGUCUUUACCCACUUGGGCUGUUCAUGUUUCCAGCGUUGUCGAAUGGAUUACGGCGAUGGCGUUGGUAUGGAAAUAUGGAGAAAGAAAGGGUUACGAGUCUUGGAAAGGUCUCUCAUGGGGAAUGGUGCCUUUGCUUGGUGGUGCUCUCUGUGCAUGCACAUGGCAUUUCUUUUACAAUGCUGAAUCUCUUGAGGUGUUGGUCGCGCUUCAGGGAGCACUAACUGUGAUUGGUAAUAUUACUUUGUGCAUUGCUGCCUUUAGAAUCUACAAGUCUACAUCCAAAGUGGAAAUCUCUGAAGAGCCGUGAGUGGUAAACGCACAUCUGUGUGUUAAAAAUAAAGUCAAAGAAAUGAUCUGUUUUCAAUAAUUUCUACAGGCAGGAACCUGAGGACUGAGUGUAGCCUUCUUGGAGGUGGCAGUGGUUAUAGAAGCAACUGGAUAUUUAGAUGUGGUAUUGACGGAAAGAUGUUGUUUUAUACCUAGUGAUUGCACUAACACAUGUUUCUUGAGCGUGUGUGUGUGUGUGUAUAUAUAUACUUACAAUUACAUAAUGUAUUGUAUUAUCCUGAUUAUAUUCCUGGUGAGUGAGGCUAGUGCAUUAUAUAACCUAGUACUGAUGGUCUUAGCCUCUUAGGUUUGGGAUCACAAAGUUCAUGCAGUUAAACUCUUUCGAAUCAACAAAAAACUGAUUUGCA